AGACCAACGUGAGACAGACACAGUGUCAGGAGAUUGUAGUGUAGUCACGUGCAUUCAGGGCGAAAUGAAGAUGAAGCUGUCGGAGCUGUUGUGCAUCACAGUACUUGUGAGUUCCGGUUCUGGUUCUCCGUACGAACGAAGAUCUCCAGCGGUAAAAGAAAAGCGCGUGCAAUAUGCAGCUUGGGAUGACGUCAACGUGCUCGCGCACGGCCUGCUGCAGCUCGGACAGAGUCUGAAAGAGCACGUGGACAAAACGAAGGGACAGAUUAGGGACAUUUCUGUCAAACUGCGUGUGUUUAACGGCAGCGUAGAUGAGCUCACGGCACUGACACGUCGCCUGCACGUAGAAAGUGAAGCUCUGAAGGAGCGAGCGGGGAGUUUAGAGGAGAAACACAACCGGAUUCUCAACAUGUCCGACCUGCUGCUCAGGGACAGACAGAGUGUCCAGGACAGGAUCGGGGACCUGGAGGGAAAAGUGGACAUCAUCAUGCAAACACACGGACACGCGCUCAACAACAACAAUCAGAGCGACGCGCGCGCCAUUCAGUCGUUAUUGGAGACACAGAAUCGGCGAAUUGAUGAACUUGUGGAAAGAAUUAAACAGCAGCAGGAAAAACUGGACAAACAGAACAUUCGUAUUCGAGCAUUGCAGAAUCAAAUCCAGAUGAGGAAGGAGAAACUGCACCCGAGCACCAGAAGGACUGAACAACAGGACACACCAACUGCAACAGCAGCAAACUGUCAUGAUCUGUUCCUGCGUGGAGAGACGACGAGUGGAGUUUACAUGCUGCAGCCUCGGGACUCAUCACCAAUCCACGUCUACUGCCAAAUGACUUCUGACGCUGGCUGGACCAUUAUACAGAGACGCCAUGAUGGAUCUGUAGAUUUUGAUCAACUGUGGAAUGAAUAUCAAAAUGGAUUUGGAAACCUUGAUGGAGAGUUUUGGCUCGGUCUUGAGAAAAUGUACCGUGUGACCAAAGAUGAAGAUUUUAUCCUGAAGAUUCAAAUGACUGACUGGAGAAAUGAGCUUCAAAGCGUGCAGUACCGUAUCCGUCUCAACGGCGAGCACAGUAAUUAUUCGCUCCAGAUUCUGGAAAGUUCUGAUGGGAAUCUGGAAAGUUCUUUAAGCACUGAAUCAUCUAGUUUGCCCUUUUCAACCCGCGACCGAGACAAUGACCGGAAACACGACUUUAACUGUGCCAAACACCUUUCUGGUGGCUGGUGGUUCAGUAACUGUGGUCGCUCCAACCUCAAUGGCAGGUAUUUCAUCACACCCCCCAAACAGAGGCAUCAGAGGAAACAGGGAAUGUUCUGGAAGACCUGGCAUGGUCGAUAUUAUUCUCUGAAGUCCACAGUGAUGAUGAUUUUACCUGUUCGCUAACACGUCUUGAAAACUCUUCUUUACAAUUGUAUGGAUUAAUUGAUUUUGAAAGCGAUGGACCUGAGAGAAACUACAAGGCAAACAGGCAGAUUGUAGUGUUGAGCCGACGCCCAGUUCUGCAUGUUCGAGCGAUUCUGUAGGAAAUUCUUAAUGAGUUUGUUUACCAAAAAAAAUCAUUAACUCAUGGACCAAACAGCAAUUAUCAAUUUUAAACAACUUAAAGAAAUUGCAUUAUUUAAAGGCAUUUUCAGAGGAAAAAAAACUCAUAACUAAUUUUAACUCUAGAAAUAUGUAAAAUAUGAGUUCUUCACAGGAGUGUGUUAUUCAGCAAGUUAGAGCCUGUGCAAAUUCCUGUGGACAAACUUUCAGUCACAUUGACUGGUGUUAAUAUUUUAACUGCUGUUUUCACUUUAAAUGUUAAUGUUUGUGUCAGUGCUGUAUUAUAUAUUAAUGUUAUGUUGUCUUAUUUACAUUAUAGUUGUGGUUUUAACUUUUUUUUUUUUUGUACAGUUUUUAUGUUCUUUCAUAAUUUAUAUUAGCCUGAUAAGUGACAGUGUUAUCAAUUUUUACAAGGAGUUAGUUUUUGGUCUUAAACAGACCAAUAAAGCUCAUUUUUAAAACCCUU